AUGAGAGAUAUUUCCGCUUCCGUCAGCCGCCGGGCUAUCAGCUGUCUGCGACUGCUGCUGCUGCUGAUGUCAGUACGGAACAUUGUUGACGCCGGCGUCUUUGAGAGUCUGAGUAUUAAUACACCGCUAACGCAUGAGAUCAUGCAGCAGGCCAAGUCCGCGGGCAUGCGCUCCUACAUAAACAGGAAGGUGCAGCCGUGCGAUGAUUUCUAUGGCUAUGCGUGUGGCAACUUUGCCAGGAUCAAUCCAGCGACACAGGAAACGGUCAGCACGGACUUCUUUGAGGCCCUCAAUGCCGGCUAUCAGCGCCGGCUGCGCCAGCUGUUCCGGCAGCCCAAGCUGAGCACGGACAGCCCCACCGAAACGCGUGUCAAGUACUUCUACGAGUCCUGCCUGAACACCAGCGCACUGCAGCUGAAUCAGCGUGCCCAUGUGCUGGGCAUCCUCAAAGAGUUCGGCGGACUGCCCGCCCUGGAGGGCAGCAAGUGGAACGAGUCCAAUUUCGAGCCAAUCGAAAUGAUGGCGCGCCUGCUGAAUCGCUUUGGCAAGCGGACACUGCUGAGCGUGAAGGUCGGUCCGGGCCUGGCCAACAGCCAGAUGAAUCGAUUAUUUAUCGGCCAGCGGGACGAUCUGGACAGCAGCAAGGCCGUCGUCCUACACCACAGCAGCCAGCUGAUUAUGAAGGAGAAUCUGCAGCAGCUGCUGGGCCUGAGUGAGUCGAAGGCCGCCGAAACAGCGGCGGAAAUAGCAAAAAUCAAUCUGGAGCUGUCACGCGGCAUCGUCGAGCCCCAAGAGGAGCUGCCGCCCAGCCAGAUGUACCGCCUGCGCCUGCUGUCCGACAUGAGCGACAGCUACGGGCCCAGGCUCAAUGUGACGCGCUUCGUGCAGCUCUGGCUGAAUCAUGACUACCUGCUGCCCGUCUACGAAUACGUCGAGAGCUACAUGUGGCAGGUGAAGAAGAUACUGACCCAGACGCCCAAGCGAGUCCUGGCCAACUACAUGCUCUCAUCGCUGCUCAGCGACUACGAGAUCGAGACGGCUGCCAGUCCGGAGAAGCAGCAUGUGCUGUGCGCGGAGAAGACGACGCUGCUAUUCGCGGACUUUGUGGACCACAUGGUGUACCGGUCGCUGGAGAAGCAGAACCCGGACAUACCGGGCAGCCUGCGCCAGCUGUGGCAGGAGCUGAAGGUGGCCUUUGGCGAUUUGCUGCGCGCGCCCAGCACCAAGUGGCUAAGCGAGCAGACCCUGAACGAGGCGCUGGCCAAGCUGAAGGCCAUGAGCUUUCACAUACUGGGCUCUGGGACGAGCGACUUUGAGGACUACUAUGGCGGCCUGGUGAUCAGCAAUGCCGACUACUUUGGCAACGUGCAGCGGCUGCUGGAGCUGCGUGCUCAGCACUUGCGCGAGGAUCUCCAGCGGCAGCCGAACCCCUACUUCUAUGCGGACUUCAAUACGUCGCCGUUCUAUGUGCCGGAGCUGAAUCGUGUCAUAUUGCCAGCCAGCUUUAUGCAGCAUCGCUACUUCUUCGACGAGGUCUACCCCAUGGCGCUCAAGUACGGCACCGUCGGCUUCUCGCUGGCCCACGAGAUGGCCCACGGCUUCGACGAUCUGUCGCGCACCUUCGACGCCCAGGGCAACCUGCGCGACUGGUGGGACCGCAAUGCCACGCUAGCGUUCGAGGAGCGCAAGCAGUGCCUGGUGGAGCAGUUCAGUGGCUAUCGCUACAAUGGCGAGCGGCUGCCCAAGCUGCAGCUGCAGUCCGAGAAUAUAGCGGACAAUACGGGCGUGCGCAUCGCCCAUGCCGCCUACCUCAACUGGCUGAGCCAGUCCUCGCCGGAUGGCGAGACAUUGCCUCGCAUGUCGCACACGCCGCAGCAGCUCUUCUUUCUCGCUCUAGGUCAGGUGUGGUGCUCGGAUCUGUUGCCAGGGCUGCGUCACGCACUGGCCAUCAGCGACGUGCAUGCGCCGGACGAGGUGAGACUCUACGCGAUGAUGGCCAACUUUGAUGAGUUCGCCAAGGCCUACGAGUGCCGGCAAGGCGCCCACAUGAAUCCCCUGCGAAAGUGCGUUAUCUACUGAGGCCGUCCUUCAACUGAUUAGGAGCUAUCUACAUAUGUGUAUAGUAUAAGCUGUCUGUACUUGAAAUACAUCUAUACGCUUGUCGUAUAUACUGCCCAUUU